GUCCAGACUUGAUGAUGGCGGGCGCCGGGGAAGAUGCGCGAGCGCUCUUCAGGGCCGGUGUCCGCGCCGCACUGGAGGCUUGGCCUGCCCUGCAGAUCGCGGUGGAGAAUGGCUUCGGGGGCGUGCACAGCCAGGAGAAGGCCGAGUGGCUGGAGGGGGCAGUGGAAGAUUACUUCAUCCGCAAUGCUGACUUGGAGCAAGAGGAGGUGGAAGACUUCCUUGGGGAGCUGAUGACCAACGAGUUUGAUACAGUUGUGGAGGAUGGAAGUCUGCCCCAGGUGAGCCAGCAGCUACAGACCAUGUUCGGCCACUUCCAGAGGGGUGAUGGGGCUGCUUUAAGGGAGAUGGCCUCCCACAUCACUCAAAAAAAGUGCAAGGUCACAGCCACCGCUGUUAUGACAGCCAAAGAAACUGAUGAGGAUGAGGUGGAUGCGGACAGCGUGGAAGAGAUGGAGGUCACGGCUAUGAAUGAUGGAGCUGCUACAGAUGGGGUCCGCCCCCAGCCUGAGCCCUCUGAUCCAAACUCCCAGACUAUUAAGGAAGAAGAUAUAGUGGAAGAUGGCUGGACCAUUGUCCGGAGAAAGAAAUGAGUAGGGCUGAAAGUGGUUUGGGCCCUUGGUUUGCUAGGUGUUUUGAGACUUACUUGUAGGGGGGUUUGUGGAGGGUUGUAGACCGCUGGACUGGCUACCCUUUUCCCACCCUCUCUUUCACUCCCCUGUCCAGUUUCCUCCACGUGAAGGAAAGCCCCUAGAGUCUUUGGUCCUGGGGGUGGUAGGACCCAGUCUACCACAGCCUCUCAGGCUUUAAGUUACCAUGUGAGUCUGAGGCCCGUUUCCCAGCAGAGUGCCUCUUGGGUGGCAGCAGUAUGAAGAGGACGUGUGGCUGGAGGAGGAGCUUGAGCUUGCCAGCGGGCAGGUGGAUUUGUGAAGGGAGAGGCCCAGAAAGAGAACUGGUACUUGGCACCAGGGGCCUGGCUGGGUCAGGAGUGGUGCGGUGAACAUGCACAUGGAAGGUAGUUGAAUGUGGGAACUACAAGUAGCUGUGGUGCGCUCCCCUCGCCUUCCCCACCCUACCCACAGCAGCUCUGAAUCUCUGCCCAGAAC